AUGCAGAAGGGCUUCUCCGCACUGCAUACGGCUGCCUUGUUUGGCCGGCUGGACUGCAUUCAGAUGCUGGUGGAGAAAUUUGGUGUCAGCGUGGACUCGGAAAGCCUGACGGGCUGGAGGCCCGUCCACCUGGUCAUGAACAAGGAGAGCGGGAACCGGGCCCUGGAGUGCCUCAAGUACCUAAUCAGCAAAAGUGCCGAUGUCAACAUAAAGAACCAAAACGGAGUCACACCACUUCACAAGGCAGCCAGUGAAGGCCGUACUAGUUGCGUCAAAAUCCUGAUAGAAGCUGGGGCAGACGUCCAUGCCAAAGAUGCGGAGGGACAAGAGCCCGUUGACCUCUGCAGAAUGUGGGGCCACAGACACUGCUGUAGAUACCUCUCUUCUGCCAUGUGGAAAAUAGACAAAAAAACCUUUGCUCAGGGGAUCUGCAGGCUGAAUCUAAUUAAAAAAGAGUGUCAGGCAAAGGAGGAAGAAUUCUUGAGAAUACAGCAGAUGAAGGUGAAUGUCUUUAACAACAUAAAGUUUUCUGAAUGGCUGGCGAAGAAGCAUUUGCCUCCCCCCUCCGCUAGGAUCCUGAGCUUUCUGGAAAAGAGGCCUCAGUCAGUCAUCCUUCGUAAGCAGUGGGGGAAGCAGGAUAGCAUCAGCAUCUCUACCAGUGGCCCUGAGGAAAUAUACUUGUUGGACGACCUCAAAAAGGACAGGCAUCAGCGGCCUUGGAACAUCAGCUCCAACCCAGCGUCUGUGCCGGUGACCUGCAUCUUCCGCCCUACCACGGUCCGGAUGGGGACUAACCCAGAGCCAUCUGAAGAUCACGACUUCACUUCCUUUCUGUUCCUCGUCAAAAACAGGUGUGGAGAACCCAGGGUCUACAUAAGCAACUUCGGCAAGGUCUCCCCUAUGCCUGACCUGCCCUAUGAAACCAUCCAGAGGAGCCUGUACCCCCACACCCGUCCCACCCGCUUGAAGGUCCCCCAGGGCCUCAAGCCCUGGCACAUCUUUGAUGUGCAGAGAAAGUAUCCCCCAAGCCCAGAGCACAGGUGGACUGACCAGAUGGCCUUGAGCUUGCGCCAGACUCUCGAUCCCACGUUUGUAGCCACGCUGAAAGCCCACCUCGAAACCUACAGCGAUGCUGGGGCACUUUCCCCAAAGCUGGAUUCCUAUUGUGGCAGCAGCCAAGAGUCCUCCAGCCCAAGUCUCAACAGCAGUCACCUAGACUAA